GUCCGAGUGCAGAUUGGAGAAUAUGCAGAACAUUCGCAACAGUCGCCGCGCCGGGUAGUCUUUCUUUAUAACCUCGUUUGAUCUUUCUUGUGGUUCUUCAACCAUCUUACGCUCCUUACUUCAAAAUGGGUGUUGCACCUUCAAGUCCGUCUGGAUACACCCUCGCUCAUACUUUCGAUUCCACUAAUUUCUUUAACGAGUUUAAUUUCUUCGCAGGGGGUGAUCCGACUCACGGAUAUGUCAACUACGUUUCGCAGAGUGCUGCGCAAGGCUCCAACCUCGCCCACAUUACAAACAAUCAAGUGUACCUCGGCGUAGACACAACGACUUAUCAACCCGUCGGAGGUCGAAAUUCUGUGAGACUGACGAGCAACCAAGCUUUCGGAGAAGGGCUUGUCAUUGCAGAUAUCGAACACAUGCCAACUGGAUGCGGCGUCUGGCCGGCCUUUUGGAUGUUUGGCGCCAAUUGGCCCGCCGGGGGGGAGAUCGAUAUCAUAGAAGGGGUCAAUAACCAAUACGCGGACUCGGUUACUCUACACACGAACCCGGGAUGUGUUGUCAGCAACUCUAACUCACAGUCGGGCACCUAUACUAUCACCAACGACUGCAACGCUGGUAAUGCCGGUACGGGAUGCACCACGGGAACCUCCAACCCAAACAAUUUUGGGGCUGGUUUCAAUAGUGUUGGAGGAGGCACUUAUGCAAUGCAAUGGGCAUCAACGGGAAUAUAUGUGUGGUUUUGGCAAAGAGGACAAGUGCCGGGAGACAUUUUGGCAAGGCAACCAAACACGAAUGGUUGGGGCACACCGUUGGUAACUUUCACUGGGGGUGGUUGUAACUUCAACACAUUCUUCUCAAGUCAGAACUUAGUUUUUGACACAACCUUCUGCGGGGACUGGGCUGGUUCAGUCUGGGGCAGCGGGUCUUGUGCUUCUUUGGCACCUACUUGUACUCAAUAUGUUGCAAACAACCCCGGCGCAUUUACGAACGCUUACUGGCUGAUCAACUCGGUUCAAGUAUACCAGUAGACUAUGCAGCUCGGGAAUUAAAAGAAAUAGAGGCUGAUGAGAUGAAGUGUGCAUUCAGUGUACAUAUUUGAAUAGAAAAUUUCGUGGCCCGGCG